UCUGAUGCGUAGUCAAAGAGUACGGAAUUAUUAUGCCACACACGCAAACUCGCUUACGACCCCGGCCCAAAUAAACGGCAGAACUUGUGGACUUUGGCUACGAAACAAUAGUCAAAAUCCAAAAGCUCUUUCAUUUCUGUUUCUAUACAAACGAAGAGUCUGUAAAAUUUAAUUCCCAUCAUUCUCUUUUUGUUAUGUCUUCUUCACCCUUUCAAGGAGCUUGUGUUCUUUCUUCAACAAUCGCAGAAGCAACAAAAAGGUAUGCAGUGGUCACUGGGGCAAAUAAAGGGAUAGGUUUUGCGAUAUGCAAGCAAUUGGCUUCUAAUGGUGUCAGAGUUGUUCUGACAGCCAGAGACCCAAAGAAUGGCCUUGAAGCUGUAGAGAAAUUAGGGUCAGAGUUUGGUGCGUCUGGCCAAGUGGAUUUUCAUCAGCUCGAUGUGAAUGACUCAGCUAGUGCUUCAUCUCUUGCAAAUUUCAUUACAACCAAGUUCGCCAAACUUGAUAUCUUGGUUAACAAUGCAGGAGUUGCGGGAUUACAUAUUGAUAGGAAUGCUUUGGCAAAAGGGACUCCUGUUGAUUGGAGAAAAGUACCAAAACAAACUUAUGAAUCUGCGGAAGCAACUAUUAGAACAAACUAUUAUGGUGCCAAACAAAUGUGUGAAGCACUAAUUCCCCUUCUACAGUUAUCAGACUCACCAAGGAUUGUUAAUGUUUCCUCCUCAUUGGGAAGGUUGGAGAACAUACCAAGCGGGUGGAGCAAAGAAGUACUAAAUGAUGCUGAAAGCCUGACGGAAGAGAAAUUGGAUGAAGUUUUGGAACAGUUUCUUGAAGAUUUCAAAGAGGGAUCCUUAGAAACAAAAGGCUGGCCUACUGAUUCAUCAGUGUAUACAAUGAGCAAAGCAGCCCUAAAUGCCUACACAAGGAUUCUUGCCAACAAGCAUCCAUCCAUCUGCAUUAAUGCUGUUUGCCCAGGUUAUGUCAGAACAGACUUAAGCUCCAACACUGGUUAUUUGACUGCGGAUGAAGGUGCUCAAAGUGUUGCGAGGGUGGCUCUGCUACCUAAUGGUGCUCAUUCCGGCGUCUUCUUCAAUCAGAAUCAAGUGGCAUCAUUUUGGCUAAUUGAAGGACCAAGUGGCAAUUCUGGUCAGGUUACAUUUGUCACUUCCUUUAAAGGACACGUCUCCCUUUGGAGGUUUAAAAUGUUGUCGCAUCCUUUACCUUAUCUCAGCUCUUGUCUUCGCCAUUUCCGUUUUCUGAAGCUUUGGCCAUACUGUGGCAAGCAGGUAACAGCACCGAGGAAGAUCCCUUGUGCAUUUCUUGUGUGUGACUUCGCUCCUCGUGGUCUCUUUUUCAAUUUUCAAAGAGCUUGUGUCCUUCGUUCACAGAUGGCAGAAGCAGCAAAAAGGUAUGCAGUGGUCACAGGAGGAAACAAAGGAAUAGGUUUUGGGAUAUGCAAGCAAUUGGCUUGUAAUGGAAUAGUUGUUGUUUUAACAGCAAGAGAUCAGAAGAAGGGCCUUGACGCCGUUGAGAAGUUAGGGUCAGAAUUUGGUGUGUCUGGCGAAGUGGUUUUUCAUCAGCUUGAUGUGACUGACCCUGCUAGUGUGUCAUCCCUUGCAAAUUUCAUCAGAAACAAGUUUGGAAAACUUGAUAUCUUGGUUAAUAAUGCUGGAAUUACUGGAGCACACGUUGAUAGGGAUGGUUUGAUUGCAUCAGUAACUGCUCGGGAGAAGGGGACUCCUAUUGAUUGGAGUAAAAUCAUAACUCAAGAUUAUGAAUCUGCAGAAGCAGGUAUCAGAACAAACUACUAUGGUGCCAAAGAGAUGUGUCUUGCACUAAUUCCCCUUCUUGAGUUGUCAGACUCACCCAGGAUUGUUAAUGUUUCCUCCUCAAUGGGGAAGUUAGAGAACAUACCAAGUGGGUGGGCUAAAGAAGUACUAAGUGAUGCCGAAAAUCUAACAGAAGAAAAAUUGGAUGAGGUCAUGAAACAGUUUCUGGAAGAUGUUAAACAGGGUUCGUUAGAGACCAAAGGCUUUUCUGUAUAUAUAGUCAGCAAAGCUUGCAUGAAUGCCUACACAAGGAUUCUUGCCAAGAAGUAUCCAUCUUUCUACAUUAAUGCUGUGUGCCCAGGUUUUGUGAAAACAGAUAUAAAUUACAACACCGGUCACUUGACUGUGGAUGAAGGUGCUGAAAGUGUUGUGAGGUUGGCUCUGCUACCUCAUGGUGGUCACUCUGGCCUGUUCUUCAUUCGGAGUGAUGUGGCAUCAUUUUGAUCUCAGCAAAUGACUUUUAUCAAAUAAAUUUAUUCGAUUCGGUUUAUAUGUAAUUGUUGAAGGCUUGCUAGACCUAUGAUUUUUCCUUGUAUAACUGGAAUCCCUAUGAUUAAUGAAUCGAAUGAUUAGCCCUUGCUCAAAA